GCACCAUCCAUCUGGCCCCAGCAUGCUCUGAUUUCUCCAACAAAUCCUGUGAAGAAUGUCUAAGAAAUGUUUCGUGCCUUUGGUGUUACACACACAACACUUGUAUGGACUACCCUGUAAGGAGUAUUCUUCCAUCCUCUUCGCUGUGUCAUCUCUCAGCUGCUCGGUGGGGAGUUUGCUGGUUAAACUUUGAGGCCCUUAUCAUCGCCAUAGCCGUAAUAGCAGGACUCAUCCUAGUGUCCAUAAUUGCUUGCUGCUGUUACUGCUGCUACUGCAGAAAGUCUACUCGGGGACUAAGUGAAGAGGAAGAAAGAUUAGCCAGAGAUCGAGAAGAGAGACGACUGCAAUCUCUCCAACGGAAACAGGAAAGAAAAGUGAAACAUGAUGAAAUACGCAAGAAGUAUGGAAUUGAAAGCCAGCAAUGUACAUAAUGAACUUCAAGGAUGAAAACGGUGGCGUAGUCAGUUUUGAGGGGAAGUAAGCCGUCACUGAGAAAAGAGAGAAAAAGCAAUGUCUUCUUCAGGAUUCAGAUCAUCCUUACAGCAGAUUUGAGAAUGAGUAGAAACACCCACGGCUGUAAAAUUUAGGAUCCAGAAGAAGCAUGGCCUUUUAUUUUGCUUUUAAGAGGUCUUCAGGAUCAUUUCUUUUCCUCAAGUUUAAAAUUGUGAAAUUAAGUAUUCAUAAAUCUUUACUAAAAUAUGUAUUUUUAUCUGUCUAAUUUACCUUUUUAGCACUAAUUUUUAUGAAUCUUUUUGAUUCUUGAAAUAUUCACCAUGUUUGCUGUCUGUAAAUGUGAAAUGUCAACUUUCCUCUUUUUAUUUUUCCUUUAGGAAUCAGAUUUCUAAGGUUUAUCAUGUAUUGGAUUUGACACCUUAAGUUACUUUUCUCCAGAAAAAAAAUCUUUUGUUUCUAUGUUUAUAAAUAAAAUUUUUCUUCCUAAAUCUGUUUGUACAGAUAAGAGAUAGCAAGAGGAGAAGAACUGUUUGACACUGGAGAAAUAUGUGGUUAUUAUUGUUGGCAAGAAAUAAUUACAGUAGACCAAUUUUUCAAUACCAAAACAGUAUAUGAAAGUAAGUUUUAGACAAAGUAAAGAUGGCUAAUGUGUGAAGUUUCUUAUUAAGUAUAACUUGAUAUAGGAGUGAAAGUGUUGGUAUGUCAUCAGAGUACGCCCUUGAUAUGCAGAAAAAGCACUUCAUUAGCAGGACUGACAAAAAAAAUAUUUGUAAUGUGUGCAAAAUCUGAAUGUAUAUGUGUGUCUACGAUCGAGAGGAAAUAUCAGGCUGUGUAAACAUUUUGUGCUGUGAACAAAUCUCUACAUUAAAAUUACCAUCUAUUAAUAAGA